UAUGUAAACUUUAACUUAUUAUGUAAACUCAAGGCAGUAAUAGAUUUAGGACCAAUAAUUAUUAAUAAGGCCUAUAGACGAAGAAUAGGCCUUUUUUCUAUAUGAUUAUAUGCUGGGUUUCAGGAUGUGACGUUGAGCAAUGGGCUGGCCUAAUCCCUGAGCUGUGUCCUGGAUUUGGAUUAGGGCUUGUCACAAUUUAUCUACCGGCUGGAUGUUGUGUGGGCUUGCGUGACGACUGGGAAUUGAUUUUUUUUGUUUCAAGAAUAAAAGCGAUAACGACGAGGCAUUGAUUUGUUUUGGGGGUAGAUCAGUGUGGUUUUAAAUUUAGAUAAGAUGAUAUUGGGGAGGUGUUGAAACUUUAGAUGCCAUGCACAGGAGAGUGGCAUUUGUUUAUAGGACUUAUGAUAUGAGGGUGGCAUUUGAAUGAGAGGUCUCAUGCACACGAGAGUGACAUUUUACUGAUAGGUCUCAUGAUCAGGAAGGUGGCAUUUGACUGAGAGGUCUUUGACUGGCUGGAGUCAUGUACAAGAGGGUGGGGCCUGUCUGGCGAAUGUUUGCCGUGCACCGCUGCCGCUUCUGGCCCUGCCUGACGUCACUGGUGCUGACCAUCGUCCUCCUGCAGGUCCUGCACAUGGCCCUGCUCUCCAGGCUGGAGGAGAAGGAGGCCAAGGUCAAGGAUACCAAGCUGGUGGGGCGGCAGCUCCAGGGGCGGAUGUUCAAGACGGUGGCGGCGGAGAUGGAGGAGCGCGUCAAAAACUCGUACCGGUUCGACAAAAGCGGGACGUACCACGUGCUGGACAACUUCCUGACGUCAGAGCACGUGAUCUUGGGCCGGAACGAGUAUGACGUCAGCAUCGUGACGCAGUGCUCGUCCAGCCACAUCCACCACCUGGCGGAGCUGAGCGAAAACUGGAACGGUCCCAUUUCCGUUUCCGUCUUCACCUACGACGACGAUUUCAUCGAGACCGUCUCUCGUCUGCUCCACUUCCACUUCUGCAACGACCACAUCUUCCGGCACGUGAGCUUCCACCUGGUGUACCCCAUCAGCCGCUCGCCUCGGAACUUCGAAAGCCUGUCCAACCUGAAACUGUCCUGCACGGACAACCUGGACAACCCGGGUUUCCUGCAACCCGAUUUCAAACACAUCAACUACCAGAACCCGGAUCUCGACUAUCCCAACAACCUGCUCCGGAACCUCGCCAUCAACUACGCCCAGACGCCUUACAUAUUCAUGAUCGACGUCGACAUGGUGCCGUCUGAAAACUUACGGACUCAGUUCCAGAAAUUCAUGUCCCACACUUCAAAACGCACUCACCCCAACCUCACAUCUGACGUCAUCAACCCUCCCUCGUCCUCCCACUCCCUGUCCGCCUACGUUGUUCCAGUGUUCGAAGUCCGAGACACAGUUCGGAUUCCGAAGAACAAACAGGAGCUGCUCGAACAAUGGACGAGAGGGCAGGUUCGGCCAUUCUACUGGGACGCCUGUCAGAAAUGUCAGCGUCCAACGAACUAUGACCGCUGGCGUGGGCUGGACAAGGGAGGGGAGGUCCAGGUGGGGUACACUGUGGGGAGGGAGGACCCCUGGGAACCGUUUUACAUCGCCAAGACGUCGUUGCCGCUGUAUGAUGAACGCUUCAAACAGUAUGGAUUUAAUAGAAUCAGUCAGGUGUGUGAGAUGCACCUAGCAGGCUUCAUCUUCCACGUGCUGGACAACGCCUUCCUGGUUCACAAGGGCUUCAAGGUAAAGGACAAGUUCCACGCGCAGAAAGACAAAGAGAACGACCGGAACCGACUGCUGUACCGGAAGUUCAAGGACGAGCUCAAGGUCAAGUACCCGGCGGGCGACCGGAAGUGUUAGCCGUGACGAUCGUCUGCUCUCUGUGUGUGCCUUCUGUGCGAUUGCCUAAUGUUUGCCUACUGUGGGAUUGCCUGAUGUUUGCCUACUGUGGGAUUGCCUGAUGUUUGCCUACUUGCCGACUGCACAUCAUUUCCCCCAGAGUGACGUAUUUCAUCUUCCUUGAGUUGCGUGAUUGGUCGGUUAGUGUUGAAACUGACUCGCAAUUGUUGAUGGACUUGACGUUUACUUUCGAUAAAGUUGUCAGGUCUUUGUACCUCAGCACUGACCUGACCUGUUGAACUCGAUUGUGCAACCAGAUAUGGAGCCACAACAGACACUUAUUAACCCACUUCAAUGUGACGUCACUUGACCUUAGGCCAAAAGUGGAAAAAAGAACGGUAGUGAUUGCAGGUCAAAGUUCACUUCCGGAGUGCGAUUUUCUAGAGACGGUAGUUUACAAUGUAAAACUUCAUAAUGCCCUCAGAUAUGACUGUUAAGUGGUGGGUGUGGUACCCUGGCCAUGACCCGUGGUGGGUGUGGUACCCUGGCCAUGACCCGUGGUGGGUGUGGUACCCUAGCCAUGACACGUGGUGGGUGUGGUACCCUAGCCAUGACCCGUGGUGGGUGUGGUACCCUGGCCAUGACCCGUGGUGGGUGUGGUACCCUAACCAUGACCCGAGCCCAACCCUAACAGCGACACCGACCAGGAAUCUCCACACGGCUCUGUGUUUGCUCUGUUGGAGAAGUCUAAACACAUUGUACCCAUGUUCGGUCCUCGACCAUUAGAUCGUUCUGCUCAAAAGUCUGGCGUCCACAUCCUUCUAGUGUACGUCUACAGACUAAUUAUUUAUUUUAAAAGUUUUUUUUUUAAAACUGACAACUAUUGGCUACAGCUUGGAUAUAGCUAUGAUGUUUUUAAGUUAACAUCUAUUGGCUGCAGCUAUGAUGUGUGUGUUCAGCUAUUGGCUGUAGUUAUGUGUGUAAGUUAGCAUCUAUUGGCUGCAGCUAUAAUGUAUGUGUUUAUAGCUAUUGGCUGCAGCUAUGAUGUUAACAGCUAUUUACUGUAUCUCUGUUUGAACUGUGUGUGCAUGUGAGUUAUUUCCAGACUUCUCUACUAGCAUGUUUGCAACAUUUAUUUUUUUAAGGUUUUGAAAUCCCAUUUUUUUCCUGUUUUUCUUUUGGGUUUUUGAAGCUGUUUGAAGUGCUGAAUACACCUGGUAGCCACAUGAAGGUAGAAGUCAGCAUUUGUCAUUAUUUGGUGGUCAAAGUCAUCUAUCAGUUUAAACCCACAGUUAAAUAUAUAUUUAUAAAUAGAAAUGUAACACUUCCACAUAUUUUAACAACAGAGUACUGCCCUCAGAUAUUAAAAUACAAAUAAAAAAUCAACAUUUAAAAAAAUAAUCUUAUUUCAUUAUUAUAAUGUGCUUACCAUUUCAGUCUGAACAAUAUUUAAGGUAGAUAAUCACGUUUAAUUAAAGUAGAUUUUUUUCUAGUAGAUUGCGUCCCCUUGUUUGCAGCACUAUAUAAAUACAUUACUUUUCUAGCAGGGUGUUCUCUUAGCGUAUGGUUCAAAUCCCUUUUCUUUACUGUCUUAACAUUUUGUCCAGGUUAGUUAAAAUGUGUUGGUGCAUUAAUUAGAAAACAGCUCUGUAAUUAAAUUAAAAUAUUUCUCAUCUAGCUGUUUUUAAACAUGCAGAUGAAAUAUGACUUUGAUCAUAUUUGUUAUAUUGUGUUAUUCCUGGCUAUCAGGUGUAUGGGUCAGCCAAAGUGCAGACACAGCAAAGAAGUCUGUGAUCUAGGACUGUCAGAUCUGGGUGUGAUGUAUGAAUACUACAUUAGACCAUCAACACAUGUUUCUAUUAUACAAUUCAUUACACAGUGUCUUUAUGAUCAAAUCAUCUCCUGUCAACCAUACACCCACCGACACACUCAUGUGAACUUGAAAAGGUGAGUGCAUUUUAAUUGACAAUAUUAAAACUGGAUUAACUAUUGUAUUAGAAUUAGACCAAAGAAAAAAAAACCCACACCAAGGGAAACAACUUAACAUACCAUAUUUAUAAAAAUAAUAUUCUGAUAAUCUCCCUUAGAAUAUUGUUAUAGACUUGUAUAGCGAAUCUAUCCUAAUGAAAAUUCCAGAAUACAUCAUAAAAAUGUUCGCGUGUUUGAUAUGCUUCGCAUUUUCUUUUAUACCUGUAAGAUAUGAUUAUUGUGCAAAGUUUUGAAUUACUUGACUGUUGCUGUGGUUUUCCAAUAGUUUUACAGACUUUAUCUAUAUAUAUAUAUUACGAUGACUUUCUCAUUUUUGACAAUGUAUUUCUAAUAUCUCUAUUGAAUAAUUUGUGUAACAAAAAUGACUUUUUAGUUGUAAUGAUUUUGUGGUUAAACAUGAUCUAUAUAUUAAAAAAAAAUCUUCAAAAUUAACAUCUUUUGUACCCUAUGCUUUACUUAUGAAAGUAAGA